AUGAGCAGUAGCAGGUCCAAGCAGUCUUUUUGGUUCCUUAUCUUUGUUCACACCGUCCUUAUCUUGACCUUUGCUGCCGGUGCCGCCACUGCCAUGAGAGGAGCAUCCGUCAGUACCGUGACGAAAGCGACCUCACGCGCCUCGUCGCAAGUUGUCUUGCACUGGUUCCGACACGGAGAUUUACGCUUGCUGGACAAUCCGGCCUUGAUCCAUUCCAGCAAAACUGCCGAAUCUUGUGUUCCCGUCUUUUGUUUCGACGACAGUGUCUACGGCAACGACAAUCGGACUCCGGACACUCGCGCGCCGCAUUCGAACGAUCGCGGUCAACUCAAGUGCGGACCCCGUCGUGCGCAGUUCGUACUGGAUUCGGUCCAGGAUCUACGACGCAGUCUACAAUCCCGAGGUAGCGCCUUGUACGUGGCGCACGGGAAACCCGCACAAGUCUUCCAAAGAUUGGUGGAUGCCUGGCCGGCGGUUCCAGCCGCCGACACUGCCGCUCCGAACGGCAGUCUACUCACCAUUGUUUGUCAGCGGGAAGUGGUGCGGGAGGAAAACGACGCGGUCCGAGCGGUACAAUCCGUUCUACGCCGACGCUUUCCGCAAGCCAAAGUUCAACAAAUUUGGGGCUCCACCAUGUACGAACUGGACGAUUUGCCCUUUGCCACGGACCUCGCCAACAUGCCCGAUACCUUUACGCCCUUUCGGAACAAGGUGGAAAAGAAUUGUCAAAUUGGCACACCCCUGCCGGUACCCAAGCAACUCUCUCUGCCGGAGAAUUUUCCUUCCGCCUUGAAACAAGGCCUGGAGUACCUACCCACCUUAAAAGAGCUGGGGUACACGGAUGCGCAAAUUCAGCAAGUCGAAACCCAUGACGAGCGCGGAGUCCUGCACUUUAUGGUGGCGAAACAGCCGGACUCGCACGAUUGUUUGAAGGAUUACUUCGAAACGCGCAACGGGAUGCUGGGGCCGAACUAUUCGACCAAAUUCAGUCCCUGGUUGGCCCACGGCAACGUUUCACCCCGGUACGUGGCCGCACAGUGCCGUAAGUACGAAGAAGAACGCGUGGAGAACAAAUCUACCUACUGGGUAGUCUUUGAACUGCUGUGGCGCGAUUUUUGCAAAUUUUUUGCCACGAAACAUGGUGACGCUAUUUUUUAUCCGUACGGGACGACCGAACGCACGGAUCGGCACAAGCCUUGGUCGACCUUUGGUCGUAAUUUACAGGCGUGGCAGGAGGGUCGCACGGGCUACCCUCUCGUAGACGCCAACAUGCGAGAAUUGGUCGCCACCGGCUUCAUGUCAAAUCGUGGCCGUCAGAAUGUGGCAUCCUUUCUCGCCAUUAACUUGAAUCACGAUUGGCGAUGCGGCGGGGAUUUCUUCGAAAGCCAUCUGUUGGAUUACGACGUGUAUAGCAAUUGGGUGAAUUGGUGUGCGGCCGCGGGUAUGACGGGUGGUCGUCUCAACCGAUUCAACAUUUCUAAGCAAAGCAAGGACUACGACCAACACGGCGACUACGUGCGGCAUUGGUUACCGGAACUGGCCAAGGUGCCCAACGAAUUCGUCCAUGAGCCUUGGAAAAUGACGUCGUUCCAGCAGAUGGAGUACGAGUGCAAACUCGGCGUGGAUUAUCCCAACCCGAUUGUUCCGCCGUCCCGGCCCAACCCCCACACGGACCGGAACAAUCGCGGCCGUGGUGGGCACCAGUCAAAAGGCAACAAUCGCCACGGUCCACCCGACAAAUCCCGCAAAGCCAAUGCGAGUGGAAGCAACCGACACCAAAAAUACGAAAUGAAGAGUCUCCAACCCGGCAGUUUUCGAGUCAAGGAAUCGUAA